AACCCUAUCAAGAUAACAAACACUCCUCAACUAGCAAAACCAUCUUCAGAAAAAGAACUCACAAGAUGUUUUUCCAAUCUUUCUUCAUCUUCUCCCUUCUCUUCCUCUCCUCUGAAGCCGCCGUCCUCGAUUUUUGUGUCGGGGACUUAUCAGUCCCCGACGGACCAGGCGGCUACGCCUGCAAAAAACCAUCCGCAGUAACUGCGAAUGACUUUGUAUUUUCUGGCCUAGCCACUCCAGUUAAACUUAACCCUCUCAUUAAAGCUGCAGUCACUCCUGCUUUUGCUCCUCAAUUUCCAGGACUUAACGGUCUUGGAAUUUCAAUGGCUAGGCUAGAUUUAGCUAUAGGUGGUGUUAUCCCAAUGCAUACACACCCUGGAGCAUCAGAAGUACUUUAUGUUGUAACAGGAGAAAUUUGUGCUGGAUUUAUUUCUUCCUCAGACAACAAAGUUUUUUUCAAGAACCUUAAAAAAGGAGACAUUAUGGUUUUCCCACAAGGGUUGUUGCAUUUCCAGAUUAACUCUGGGAAAACUGCAGCUCUAGCUAUUGUUUCAUUCAGUAGUCCAACUCCAGGUCUUCAAAUUACAGAUUUCGCUCUCUUUGCUAAUGAUUUGGCUACUGAAAUUGUGCAGGCUACUACGUUCCUUGAUGCUGCCACAAUCAAGAAGUUGAAGGGUGUCCUUGGCGGCACCAACUAAUUACGUUUCAGCAACUUAUUUGGGACUGAGGAGUAGUUGUUGUUGUUGUUGGAAUAAGUUUCGACACAAAUCAUUGGGUCUUUAAUUUGUUUAGUUUCACUUUAGUAUUUUUUGAAAAUUUUAUGUUUUUGAUGUCUUGUAUGUUUUGUUUGUGUGUCAUGUUUAAGUGUCAAUUAUCAGAGUUGAAUUUUGCUUCUUCUGGACUUUCUAGGACUUUGGUAAUUUGUUUUAUAAAUUCAGUUUAA